AUGGAUCGCGACAGCAGCCCCGAACUCGGCAGUCCAUCGCUGCGGCCCAAGUACAACAAACAAACUGGUCGGCCUAUUCGCAGCGGCGCGGGACAGAAGAAGAGUCUGUCUGGCUACGUCGACUCUGCCGUGAUUGAGGAUGAUGAGCCAAUGGAUUCACUGUCGGAGGAUGAGGAAGGUAACCCUACCCAGAGCAGGCGCACUCGCAAGCGCAAACGCACACCGUCUCCUUCACCGCCACCACUGGACCCCAUCAUAUAUGACGAGCCACCAGAUCAGCUUUCGGACGACGAAUCCGUCGGCAUGUUUCAUCAUCAUCCUUCGACGGCGCCAAUUACCCUCCAAUUCAAUGUGCCCCUCGGGUUUCAUGGCCCACUGCUGGUGAAGCUCGACAGGAGUCUCUUAGUUGCGCCACACAGUGCAGCCUACAACAUGGAGCCACGUAGCACAAGGAGGAAGCUGGACACUGCCACCCCGGAAUGUCAAGCCAGCUCGCCCGAAGAGCGUCGAGUAGGGUUUACGAACCUUCCACCUGAGCUUCGCAACAAGGUUUACCGUUUGUUGUUUGUCCAGGACGGAGAAUUCCACUUUGGGAAGCCAGACAACUUCUGCAGGUCUGCCGCGCUCCUGCGCACUUGCAAACUAGUCCACGGCGAAGCUUGCAGCGUGCUGUAUGGGGAGAAUAAAUUUGUCUUUGACAGGAAUCGACAUGUCCGCGGGCCUUUCUGGGAACCAGUGCAGAAGGAGAUUGGUUACAAGGAUGUGCGCCAAUUCUUGAAGAUGAUCGGACCUGAGAAUCUGGCAUACCUCCGAGACAUUAAACUGAUCCUUGAGGAUGCGACCCCAGCUUCCACACCGUAUCUUCAUUCCCACGAAGAACGACGAUAUCUCAACGAUGACCAUCUGAUUGAUUGCCUGCGUGUUCUACGCCUGGCCAAACUUCGGAAACUCUUCCUCAACUUUCUCGGUCGUAGGAUGCUUGUUCGAACAGAUGUUAAGUUUCUAGGCUACUUGGAACAGAUUAAAGCCGACGAAGUGGAGACCGACAAGUUUAUCCGAUGGUACUCCCCAUCGAAAAUCCACCCAGACGUAUUUAAGAAUCUGCAAAAGUCCAUGACCCGCGAGCCAAAGCUGUACAUUAUGGAAUGA